AUGACUGCUUUAUACUGGCCAAGAGAGUCCAGUACUGCUGCCAGGGCCUGGGCUCCGGAGGAGCGUACAGCACCACUGCCCUCAUCCGCCUCAACUACCCACUCAAGUACUGAUCCAGUCAGAGGGGGACAGUGGAAUCAAGUUUUCGCCCCGGCCCAGAGCCGGUGUCCAUCCCCCACCAAGGGUGGGGAACGUUCGGUCACGUCUGAAGCAUUUGCACGAUUCCAGAGAUCGCCUCUAAAGCUUGUGCUUGACAGCCUUAGCCGCUCCCUCUUCCCGCCCGGGGGUGCGGGCUCGUGGUCCCUGCGGGGGGCGGGGGGCAGGGCCGCCCCCCAUAGCAGCCGGACGCCUCCUCCUCCCCCCGCAGCCCCCGAGCCUCAGGGACCCGCGCCCAUCGGCAGGACCGACCUCGCCUUCGGGGACCACACAGGGGCCUUCUUCCGCCUGGUUCUCAGUGUACUUUAAGGCGGUUUCAGUUUCUGCUCCGAUCUCGUAGGAUGCCUUCAAGAAAGAUUUGUCUCCAUGAAGGUAGAUUGCAUCAGGCUAAAGAGUUAUCGGAAUGAUCAAUCUAUGGGAGAGAGGCAAAUAGUAGGAAGAUAUGAUCUUUCAACGCUAGCUGGAAAGGAUGUGCUCACUGAAGAGAAUGUCGUUGGCACUGGAAAGACCCUGAAGGCUCUGCUCAGUAACCUUGAGAAAUCCAACCCCAACAUGAUUGAGGUAGCGAGUUUGCUGGUGAAAUGAAUAUCUAGAAGCGAUGGGUUCAAACCUGACGUGGAUGGGUUUGAGAUUCCCAGUGUAUUUGUGGUGGGUUAUGCCUUUGACUACGAUGAACACUUCAGAGAUCUGAAUCACAUAGCUGUGAGCAACGAAAAAGGCAAAGCAAAACACCGAGUCUAAAGAAGUAUUUUCUCACCCCCGAAGCUUUGUGAAACAAUUCAACUGUACAUUUGAUUGCCCUCAAGCCACCCGCAUAUGAAGACUGCCAUAGCAGACAUCUUUAUUCAUCAGAGCGGAGAAAUGCCUUACAGAGCAGACAGUGAAUCGUCUUAGUUGAAAUCUCAACCCACUGAGCUGGAAUACUAAUGUGUUUAUUUGUCAUAAAAUUGGAGAAAGGACCGUUUAAUUUCAACAACAUCUGGUAGAUUAUAUAAGAAGAGGAUGUUCUUUACAAUCGGUGAUUUUUUUCUGGACAACAUGUUUCUGCUUUUGGCGGAUUUCCACUUUCCUCCAAGUUGUUCUACUCAUGCACUCUAACACUGCUGAGAUGUGACAUUCCACCAGGGUAUCUCCCUGUUCAAAUCACCACAAAAUACUUCAUUCAUCUUCAGCACCUCUGAAAGGUACCACUUGACUAAGCCCGAUUGAUCCAGGAGUUUUAUUGCAUCCCGGAAGUGUGGAUUCCUCUCAGCCAGUCUUUUCUUCUACACUCCCAUCUAAGCACAGACAACUCAGAAGAAAACCUAUGGAGGCAGCGUGGCACUGUGGAUAGAGCAUGGGCCUGAGAGUCAGAGGGACCUGGGUCUAAUCCUGGCUCUGCCCCUUGUCUGCUGUGUGACCUUGGGCCCUAUCCAGAGAGCUGCGAGGAACAUGCCUGUGUGGGACUGUUUGUACUCUAGCAAACACAGCAGCCAUUAUGUCCUCUGCAACAUCCUACAUGCAGCUGUGAACAUUUGUGUUCGAGCCAGUUGAUCUGCAGCAGAAUGAACUGAGAAAAGAAUUGUCGAACAAUACACCAAGUCAGUUCCCCUCUUUUCUCUGGGAACGUCACGGGUGCCAUAGCAUUCCUCUGAACAGCCAACACAAACAGGCCACUGGAGUCCCGCUUUGAUCUACGGUACCUCUGGGCUGCGUCGGGGUGUGUCGAUGGGAUAAUGACCUCUAACCUCAGGAUGGAAUCUCCAUUCACAACUUUCUGAUCCAGAGCAGAGAGUACGGUCCCCUGAAACAACUGACAGAGGCCAGCCUUCCGGUUGAACCACCCCGUGUUGGUAAAGAUCCUGCCCCGGGAAGCCGGGCGGGAGGAGCCAGCACCACCCAGAGCAAAGGUACUGUACAAGUCAGAGGCAGAUGUGCACCCUGAAAACUGAAGUCUCAAAGAGCAACAGAAAGGACACCAAAGAAGACAGAACCAACCCAAAAUCCCUCAGCCAAAAGCUCGACAGUGAACUCUCUAAUGGGCUAGGGGUCACAGACUGGGGAAGACAAAUCCACAUGGUGGCUUUGGCUAAGAAAACAUUGUUGAAGUUGGGCACCUGAACUUCCUCCAGCCCCAAGAUUCUUCUCCAAGAUGAGGUUGGUGUAACAACGACGAGGCUUGAACAACAGAGUUUUCAGGAGGAAGAGUAAAGGAGCCCAAAGUGACGAGGAGGACGUCAGAAAGAAACCAAGGCCAAGACUUCUGAGGGAAGCCUGAAUUAUUCAGCGUGUGGUUUUUUUUUUACCAAUCUGUGGAUGCAAGGACAAUUCUGACAAGCUUGGGAACACCGAAAUAGUUAAUCUUGGUAAGGAGGGUUGUCAACUGGAUACAGCCUGGCCCAGAGGCUAGCACCUCAGCGUCUCUCCCCUCCUGGAACACUGACUCACCGCUGAGCUUUGGGAGAGACCCUGCCAUGAGAUGCCCUGCAUGUCCUCUGCAGCCACAAGGGAGUCAGGUUCAGAGAGGUUCUGUCUGCAGUAGAGAACCGAAAGUCCAGAUUGAUGGGACCUAUUCCUCCUGGGAUGGCUGUAUCGCUGGCGAGAUUUUCCUGACAGGGAACGGCCUUGUGCCGAAGAGGUCCUGACUCCUGAAGAACUGUAGGGGAAAUGAAAUACUGCAGCUCCUGCAGAUGGCAGAAUGGAUAUAGGGAAUGGUUCCUGGAAAGGGAGCAGGAUUUGAAGCCAGAUUAUGACCUAUUACACACUUCUUUGGGAUUUGUCUUCGAUUAAUUGACACCUCAUCAUGUGGACUAAUGAAAUUAAUAAAAACUUGCAUCAUG